AUGUAAUACAGCUGAGCUGAACCUCACUCCAUCUCUGCAACUUCUUACUAUUAAAAUUCCUUCAAACUCGACAAAUCCAGUAACACCCGAACCCUGAAUCUGCGAUUUUAUUGAAAUUUCUCUUCAACUCCCUUUCAAGUACUGACAGAGAGAGAGAUUCGAUUUUCUGAAUUUUGGAUAAUGGAUGAUGAAAAAGUUCAAGAUCAACAGAAUCAAUCACCUGAUGGUGGUCCAGAUGUUGAUGAGGAGAUAACUGCUGAAUGUGCUUCCUUUGUACAUGGGGAUCCUCUCCAGGAUUCUACAGGUCCCCCUAAGUCUGAGUCGAAAGUGGAAAUUCUUCAUGAACAUGUCAAGAAACAACUUAUCAAAGAAGGACAUGGACAGAAGCCAACGAAAUAUUCUACAUGCUUUUUGCACUACAGGGCAUGGACCAAAAGCACCCAGCACAAGUUUGAGGACACAUGGAAUGAACAGAGACCAGUAGAACUUAUAAUAGGGAAAGAGAAAACUGAGAUGACAGGACUGGCAAUUGGUGUGUCAAGCAUGACAGCUGGUGAACGUUGUCUGCUGCAUGUUGGUUGGCAAUUAGCUUAUGGCAAAGAAGGAAGCUUUUCUUUUCCAAAUGUUCCACCUCAGGCAGAUGUCUCAUACGAAGUUGAGCUUAUUGGUUUUGAUGAAACCAAAGAAGGGAAAGCACGUGGUGACAUGACUGUGGAGGAAAGGAUUGGAACAGCUGAUCGAAGAAAAAUGGAGGGCAAUAAUCUUUUCAAGGAUGACAAGCUAGAUGAAGCUAUGCAACAAUAUGAAAUGGCUAUAGCAUACAUGGGAGACGACUUUAUGUUCCAACUCUUUGGAAAGUACCGUGACAUGGCCUUAGCUGUUAAGAAUCCUUGCCAUUUAAAUAUGGCGGCUUGCUUAAUAAAGCUCAAGCGAUUUGAAGAAGCCAUUGGUCAGUGCAGCAUUGUGUUGGCAGAAGAAGAAACCAAUGUAAAAGCGCUAUUCAGGCGAGGAAAAGCUAAGUCAGAACUAGGCCAGACAGAUGCUGCACGAGAAGAUUUUCUUAAAGCCAGUAAAUAUGCACCUGAAGACAAGGCAAUUGUGAAGGAGCUGCGGUUACUUGCGGAACAUGACAAGGCUGUUUAUCAGAAGCAAAAGGAGAUGUACAAGGGAAUUUACGGAAAAAGACCUGAACCCAAGAAAGAAACCAACCAGAAGAAGAAUUUGCUUGCAGUAAUCUGGUUAUGGAUAUUAUCCCUGUUUCGUCGCUUUUUCAAGCCCGAAAAGCAGAGAGUUGACUAAUUUCCCAUCUGCACAUCACCAGAAGCACGGAUAUGCGACGAUAACAAACUCAUUGAAAUGCAUGUACCAAUUAAGUCCUGUUUAUUAUGUUCGUGAUACUAAUUGCUAGUUAACUCAUAAUUCUUACUUCAAGCGUUCGUUUGAGAUUUUUUUGUUAUGAGACCUGGGAUUCAAUGGGUUCUGUAUACUUAGUGUAGAUGUAAAAUUUGAACUCUCUACUAUUUUCCUGUAAGUUCAUAAGAAAGGCAGUGGAAUAAGAGGUUUGAAAUUGGAAUAAGUUUUCAAUUUCAUAUCAUUGUUGCCAGGAA